UGGUGGCUGGUAUUUUUUUCCUUUUAGAUUGUGAUGGAUUUCAAGCACCCUGAUGGCCACACAGUGGCAGUUAUGCUGCCUCAACGCAGCUUAUUGGUGAUGACUGGUGAAUCCAGAUACUUGUGGACACAUGGGAUUACACCCAGAAAAUAUGAUGUCAUUCAAGCAUCUGAACUUGGACAGAAAGUUGGAACAGUCACUGCUGAUGUUAGAGAUCUAACACUGAAACGAAGGGAAACAAGGACAUCGUUUACAUUUAGGAAAGUGAGGAGAAGCUCUUGCAAUUGCAAUUACCCAUCUGUAUGUGACAGCCAGAAAGGACAGCAAAGACAAGCAGAACCAUCAUUUCCACACAAUGAGUUGGAGGCCUCAGAGCUGGAGCAGGAAUAUGUACACAAGGUGUAUGAAGAGAUUGCCACACACUUCAGUAGUACCAGGCACAGCCCGUGGCCCCGGGUUGUUGAGUUUCUCAGGUCGCUGCCAGAAGGGUCAAUAGUUGCUGAUGUUGGUUGUGGUAAUGGGAAAUAUCUAGGCAUCAACAGGGAUUUGUACAUGAUCGGCUGUGAUCGCAGCAAAAACCUUGUGGAUAUUUGUGGAGAAAAAGGUUCCCAAGCUUUUGUCUGUGAUGCCCUAUCAGUGCCAAUCCGGAGUGGUUCUUGUGAUGCCUGCAUCUCUAUUGCUGUCAUCCACCAUUUCUCAACAGCAGAAAGAAGACUGGCAGCUAUCCGUGAACUAGCCCGGCUUCUAAAGCCUGGUGGAAUGGCACUCAUUUAUGUCUGGGCAAUGGAGCAAGAAUACAAAAACCAGAAGUCUAAAUAUCUUAAGGAAAAGCAUGGCAGCAAAGACAAGGAGGAGGUAAGCAGUACUGGCGUGUCCCAGAGACUGCUUGACGAUCAAAAGCCUGAUAGCAGCAGCCAAGGCUCAGCAUGUUCUGACCGACUCCUUGAUGACUCAGAGGACAAAGACUGUGCUGCAAAGCAAGUGCUGGACUCCACGCUGCCUGUUCACACCAACCGGACCUCCUUUCACUCUCAGGAUAUGCUGGUUCCCUGGCACUUGAAACGUGGCAUCAAAAAGAAAGGGGCAAGUGCUGAUGAAGUGUCAUUUCCAGCUGGCUGUAAGGAGUCGCAAGAACUCAGCCCUGUUUUCCACCGCUAUUACCAUGUGUUCCGUGAAGGGGAACUGGAAGCAGCAUGCAGAUCCUUGGACUGUGUGAGGAUUCUAAAGAAUUACUAUGAUCAGGGAAAUUGGUGUGUGGUUCUAGAAAAGCUGUAGACCACGGUACUUCCUCGAUUGCCUUUCUUUUUUUGUGGAAAUAUUUUUGAUGUAGGCUGUAGCUAUUAGCUCUUCUAAAAUAUCAGAAUAAAAGAUUGUUUAUUAGCAGUAAUGAACACUGUGUGCAUGUGUUAACAAAAUAAUGACCAAAUUCAGAUAGAACACUCAGCAAGGAGUGAGCUACAGGGAAAAAGAUUCAGUGGGUAAAAUACUGGCUACAGAAGUCAGCAGGACCAGGUUUAAGUUUUAAAGACCAAAGGCCUGGUUCUCCAUUCCGUUACACCAUUUUGUGCCAAUGGAGCUGUAGUGGUCUCUGUGCACGCUACCAGCUUAUUGGAGUGCAGCUCUGAGCUGAUCAUUGCAAUCAGGAAAUGUAAGACUGUAGUACAAAGAUUAGGGCAGACAGGAGGGAAUGAAUGGCAUGUAAAGCACUUUUGGCUACAGAGCCAAAUCAUUGUCUGAAGUCUGACUGACUCCUGUGAUCGACUGUUUCUCAGGUGUUGCACCAGGAGUGGUUGGGGCAUCAGUUAAGUUAAGGAAAGGGAGAUUCUUGGUUUAAUUGUUUUUUGAGGCAUUGCCUGGGCUUGUCCCUUGCACUGAUUUCUUCUGUUUGAGCCACGUGGAGGCAGAGGCACAUCCAAGGCAGAUGAGCCCUCCUGGGAAUGUCUGGGAGUUUGUCUGCAUGUAUUCAGCACACAUCACUGAUACAUACAUAGCUGUAGGCAUUGGACCAAUGUGUUUGCAGAUUGACUGGUGAGCUUAUGUAGGAGGAACUUUCCUUGCUCCUUGAUAACCUGUGUGGUCAGCUUCUGUGUAGGAGUGGUGUGUGAAGGUCCUGGUAUCGUUAGGCAAGAUGUGCUUCUGGAAGGUGAAGACUUCCCCUGGCAGGAGCAUGGGCCUUCACAGGGUGUUACAACUCAGUAUGUGUCUCAGCAGAGCCACAGGGGGCUGAGCUCAGACCCUUGCACCCUGCAAGCUUCAGCUGCUGGUGUCUGGGCACAGCAGUGCACUUGGUGACUUUGGAGCAGAGCUAGCCUGGCUCCCAGACUGAGGGACAGCCACAGCUGGGUGUCUGCGCACUGACUGACUGAAAUGGCUGACUGCCAUUUCAGGUCACCAUGGAUUCUGUUCAUUCAAAAGGAGGUAGGAAGAUGUCAAGAAACACAGAGAUGUAGCAUUGAGGGACUUAGUGGGCGUAGUGAGGAUGGGUUGAUGGCUGGACUUGAUGAUCUUAGUAGUCUCUUCCAACCUUAAUGAUUCUAGGAUUCUGUCAUGGGGAUGACUGGCUUGGGAAGCCAAGUUAAACUUGCUGUGUGUAAUUCCUUACCGCAGGUGGUUUUCCUGAAGGUCCUAGUGCAGUGCUGCAUGGAGAACAGGAUUCUGCUUGCCUGUGAGAGCUGUGAGCUGUGGUCCUGGCUGCAGAGGCAUUAGAAGAGUUGAAAUGAUUCUGAUAUUCUCCAAGGCUUGGAAACUUUAUGAAAUAUUUCUUUGAUUAAAACCAGACAGACACUUUAUAUUUGAUAUAUAUUUAUAUUUCAGAGAGGACACAAAUACUGAAGGAGAAAAUAAUGCAGGAGGACAGUAGGUAGACAUUUAACAAAAUGCAUUGCAGAGGUUUAGUAAGGAACUUAAUACAGAACAGAACUAAUGCCACUGCUGAUGCCCUUUGCAGUACUUGCUCACCCUACUUUUCUAGGAGAAAGAUCUAGAAAUGAAAAGAACUGAAACUCUUUAGGGUUGACAGUUGGAUUUAAAUGUUACAAGUUUCACAGUGCGAUGGCCUUCAUAAUAACGCUGAUCCAGUUUAGGUCUUAUUUAAGUAACAAAUGUGUUUAAAUGGUUGUUCAUUUACAAUCUAACAAAGAGGAGGAAGGCAGAGCCCCACUUUGGUAUGACCUGUACAUCUUCUGCAACAGUCCUCCUCCAGGACACAGCAUCCUCAAAGAGCAUCCAGCAGGUGGAGAUUCCUGCCCUGUGCCAGCAAAUCUCGCAUGCUGUGACCAGAAGUGGCAGUUUGUGCUGGUGGUCACUGUCCCCAUUGCUCCCAGUCUCCAGUUCCAAGGACCCCCUAGGCCACCUCACCUGCUCCUGCGUCAGACUCAGCUGAUCCCAGCUUCUCUUAGCUUCCAAGAGGUCAUUUGAACUGUCCUAGUGCAAUGCUGGCAGUGACAAAGCUCCCCUGGACCUCAGAGAGGCCAGUUUCGCUGGAAGUGCUCAGCAUAGGCUGAGGCUUAGUGGAGCAUUCUGUGCUCCAUGGGGACCUCACUCUCUCCUCUGAGAGCGUAUCACACAGAAUCGCACAGAAUGGCCAGGGUUGAAAGGGACCUUAAGGAUCAUGAACCUCCAACCCCCCACCACAGGC